AUGCAGGCGGCUUCCGUUCCACGAGUCCCCGAAUUGCCCAAUGAAGUCUUGCAGAACAUCAUUGACCGCCUUCAACUGCAGGCGCUCAAGAAUGUCCGUCUGACCUGCAAGUUGUUUGCCACAAUGGCAGAGCCCCGACUCUUCCAGCUCAUGGUCUUGGUUCCAUACAUCGACUGUCUCGAAGGGUUUGCGUCUUUGAUGCGCAACAACCCUAGUAUCGCACGACACGUCAAAACUAUCCAUUAUCAAGCCGACUGGAGAUACCACCCUGCAGAGGCAGGGUUUUCAGAUGCAGCAACUCAAGCCCUCACGAAGAGCCUAGUUCGCAAUGGCCUUCGAGGCCUCCAUGACGAGGUCAUGGAGGUAAUGUUGCUGUCAGAGUGUCUUAGAACGCUUCCCUCGUUACGCGAGGCCAUAAUACAAGAAGAGACAACCGUCAAUGACAGACUCGGGUAUCCAUUUUGGCCUCCCUCCUACUUUGUCCGACUGUUCGGAGAGAAGGAUCAUUAUGAACUCGAUCGACUCCAUCAGCGAAGUUAUGAUGACUGCAUUGUCGCAUCUUCGAAACCAUUUCUAAUGUCAUGCCAUGCGGCCGGGCUAAAAUUGCCUGAACUUUACGUGACCGAUCUUAACGCGCGAACCUUCCUUGAGCCCUGGGACAAGGUGGGUCCUCUCAAGGAACUUUCCAUGUAUCGCGCCGUCUUUGCGCAACUCAGAGUCCUGAGGCUGUUUCUUCAACCGAGACCGGCUCGACUGCUCAGCAGCAGCAGCCGUCGUAACUUGGCAAGUCUGCUGACUGCCGCAUCAAAGCUCGAGACCCUGUUCUUGAGCCUCACAGACAACCAAGUCUCCAGAUUACGCAACAAUUCUCCUGAGGAUUCUUGGCUGUCUUGCAUACUAAGGGACGGAGACGGUAAGAUUACUGAAAGUGCCAUUUGGCCUCAUUUGAAAUCCCUGGAUCUGUCCUGCCUACUCUGUCAGGAAGCCGAGUUGGUUGCCCUGGCCCGUAAUCACAGGCAUACCUUGAAGCAUCUGGGGCUCGCAGACAUAACACUGGUUCCCAGUGUUGGCCAGGUUUCUCCUCCCUGCUGGGUGCGUACUCUGAAAGAGAUCAGGCCUUUCAAGAUCGACGUUGCAAUGUGCUCGUACUUUUCGAACGGGGAGUCCCAAGUGUGGAACGUCGCAGCCACUGUAGUGCCUAUAGCGAAUUCUCUUAAGGAUUCGCUCAUGAGGUGGUUGCGCGGAAUAGGAAGUGACGAGUGUCCAGUUGAGAGGUGCGCCGUUGCCGUUGGCCACCAAAUAUCCGAGAAGGGACCAGCCAAGCAGGACCUUUUCAAGGGCGAUAGCACCUUCACAGUCCAGAUGAUCGACGACGAGGAUAGUGAGCUUAACGGCUCUGAUGAUUUCAGUGACGAAAUCUACGGUACUUUCAACGACUGGGAUGAUGAGGAGUUUGAUUCAGACGGCUACCCAUACUAUGACGGCUAUGCAGACGAGGUGCUGAGGAUGUUCGACGCAAUUCAUUCUCAUCUUUGA